CAAGUUACGUUUCGACUUAAGAUGCAGUUUUUAGGAACCAAUUGUGUCGUAAGCCUGGGGACUGCCUGUAUCAGAAUUAGGGGUUUCCUCAAAAGCCAUCCCAUCCCAUCAGCAGCUCCAAGAAUUUCAAGUUAUAGUUAGCAGUCUCCUUUCUGUAGAGAACAAGAAUGGUUUCAUAGAGGGCACUAGAGCAGAAUUUGAGACACCAAGAUUUCUGCCCUGCUGUGGCUUUUCUCUGUGACCUUAGGUAAAGUCUCUCCGUGCCUCAGUUCCCCAUCUGUAAAAUGGGGAUAUUAUUUUCCCUUUCCUACUUCACAAGGAAAAAUGUAUUGAAAGACUUUGUGAGGUUAAGAAAUGUACAUCACCCCUGUUGUCAUAGUAUCUAAGAUACAUAGAUGUAUGUAAACCUUGUCUGGCAAUAACAAACUGUUACCAUCCAGCCCAGCCUGGUAACCAGGCAAGAUCCCAGUCUGGAACUGCCGUGCAUGCAGGAAGGCUGGGUUCUGUGUAGUGCCGUUGCUAGGACAUGCUCAACUUUUUUUUGAGGGUCCGGACCUAACAUAUCCAUUUUGAGGAAAAAUGAAACACAUCCAAGAUUCCUGAAUAAUAAGAAUGGGUCCAGAUGUACCACUACUAAAUGAUUACAAGCAGGAGUUCUUCUUGAAGCGCUUUCCACAGACUGUCCUGGGAGGUCCCCGAUUUAAAUUAGGCUAUUGUGCCCCUCCUUACAUAUAUGUGAAUCAGAUUAUUCUUUUCCUAACACCAUGGGUUUUGGGAGGAGUAGGAACACUUUUGUACCAGUUAGAUAUUAUGAAAGACUAUUACACUGCAGCACUUUCCGGAGGACUGAUGCUUGUUACAGCACUUAUUCUCCAGUUGACAAAUCUGCACGCGAGACAGAGAACAGUGACGGUAGAAAGAAUGCAGGUUCCAAAUACCCUAACAGAUGAAGACGAGUAUGAAUUUUCUAGCUGUUUAGGUUCAGAGACAGUAAAAUUUAUUAUUCCAGGCAAGAAGUAUAUAGUGAACACUGUUUUUCAUUCAUUUCUUGCUGGGGUCAUGUGUGGUUUGGGUACUUGGUAUUUGCUACCAAACAGAAUAACUUUGCUGUAUGAUAACGUUGGAGGAACUGUUAUGAUCUUUGUGUUUGGAUGGGUGACUAUAUGUAUAGGAGAAUAUUCAUUAAUCAUAAAUACGGCUACAGAGACAGCUGCUUUCCAAGCACUGGAUACUUAUGAAAUUACCGCUUUGAUGAGACCUUUCUAUAUUUUUGUCUUUAUUGCAGUGGAUCUUGCAUACAGGUUUGCUGGUAACAUACCCGUCCUAGAGCAGACAAACCAGAUCUUGCACAUCUUAUUUCUGUUUCUGCCAUUCUUAUGGGCAUUGGGAAUUCUGCCUCUGCUCGAUGCACUUUUUCUAUGGGGAAUGGAACAAGUGUUGGAGUUUGUCCUAGGAGGUUCACCCAUGUCGAGUAACAUAAAGUUAUUAGUAAUGUUUCUCAUUUCUGCUGGAACAGCUAUAGCAUCGUAUUUCAUUCCCAGCACUCUUGGUGUGGUCCUCUUCAUGACUGGAUUUGGGUUCAUACUGAGUCUUAACCUAAGUGAGAUUGGUUUUUCCUUCAAGCACACCAUGAGCAGCCAUUUAGCUUCCAGCAAGUCUAAGACUCUAUCCAGUGGUCCUAGGAUACAGUUUGGGCGAAGGGAAUUCAUUUUCUAUUUGACUGUGUUGACAUUUGCUCUUAUAGAAGCUAGCCUGCUGCACCACUUUGCUGGUUUUACAGCAUUUUCCAAAGAGAGUCCCCAAGCUAUAGUGAGUUACUUUCUGAUCAUAUUACUCCUAAUUAUGUGGAUUCUUAGAGAGAUUCAGAGAGUAUACUUGUUUGGAGUCUUCCGAAAUCCCUUUUAUCCAAAGGAUAUCAGGACUGUGACUGUAUUCAUGGAGAAGCAAAGAAGGCUUAUGAAAGUUGGUGUUGUCAGGAGGAUUUUACUAACACUAGUGUCUCCAUUUGUUAUGAUAGCAUUUAUUUCACUAGACUGUUCCCUACAAAAUCUUCAUUCUGUGUCUGUUUGCAUUGGAUUCACAAGAAUCUUUAGAAUGGUCUGGCAAAAUACAGAGAAUGCCAUGCUGGACACAGUGGUGGUGUCAAUAGUACAGAUGCUGGUGUUUAAUACAGAUGUAUGGUGGAACAGGAGCCUGGAUACAGGAAUCAGACUCUUACUGGUUGGUGUCAUUCGGGAUCGACUACUUCAGUUUAUCUCAAAGCUGCAGUUUGCAUUAACUGUUCUCUUGACAUCGUGGACCGAAAAAAAGCAACGUCGUAAAUCCUCCACCACAUUAAUUACACUCAACGUUGUUUUCUUCCCUGUUGUAUUGGCCUUCAUUGCUGUUUCUGCGGUGCUGUCUUCCCCCUUGCUGCCUCUCUUCACUCUCCCAAUAUUUUUGAUCGGGUUUCCCAGACCAAUCCGAAGCUGGCCAGGAUCUGUGGGUGUAACAGCAUCUGUUUGUUCCGAUACUGUGUACUACAAGCAGAUGGUUCCAAGUCUGGCUGCCGCACUGCAAUCUGCACUAGCAGCUGGUAGCUUAGGUCUCUUUUUACCUGGAUCACACUACUUGUGCCGUUUUCAGGACAGACUGAUAUGGAUAUUGGUGAUAGAAAGAGGCUUCACAUACUGUUGUGUUAAUAUUAAGGGGCUAGAGUUGCAAGAAACCUCCUGUCACACUGCAGAAGCUCACAGAGUUGAUGACAUUUUUGCAAUGGCCUUUGAGCGUGAGGAGCAUGCAAAGACUCUCUCUCUCAAUCAUCAUUUUGGAAACAUUUUAACCCCUUGCACAGCUCUACCUGUGAGGCUGUAUUCUGAUGCCAAAAAUGUCUUGUCUGGAAUAAUUGAUUCUCAUGAAAACUUAAAGCAGCUGAAAGAUGAUUUUGUUAAAGUGCUUGUGUGGGUGCUAGUCCAGUAUUUCUAUAACAAAUCGAAAACAUGUGAGAAGCUGGACAAAGCAGACAAGGACACAGAUGAAUCAUUUCCAAUAAACAAGAAAGCAUUUAACAAUACAGUGGAAAGACCCAGGUCUGUAAGGGAUGAAGAUAGCUUUAGUGUAGAGACAAUUGAGGACUGGACUGAUGAUAGUGAUCUUUUUGAUCUUGAGCCCACUGGGAGAAUGAGAGAGAGAAAAGAAAUGGGACCAGCAGCAACUGCACCAAGAAUGCAUUUGUCUAUUCCAGGAUCUGUAGAAAUGCAGAGCAGAGAUGGUGCUCUACAAAAGACACCACUUGAAGAUAAACUACACAGACCCGUUGUACUUGGACUUCCUGCUCUAGAUAAAGGAAAAAAGCAGGAAGUGUUAAGACUACCUUCACUUGAAUUUAGCUGCUCCUAUUCGGAGCUGCUAAGCAUACCUGAAGAAUGGAGAACAGCGCCCAUCCCUGCUUCCAAACUCAAUGAGAUGAGGCAGAGGUUUCCAGAAGAGUGGUACCAUUUCAUUUUGAGUCAACUGGAUUUUUUUCAUUUGGAAGAAAAGCCUGCCAGUUUACUUGAAGACCUUACUAAAGACAAAGCUUUGAAAGACUUGUAUAUCCAUGGUGUAUUGUCAUGUUGUUUUGGUUUGUUUGGACUAGACAGUACAGUUCCUGCUCCUAGUCAUGUAUUUAGAGCCUACACUGGGGGUAUUCCUUGGUCUGUUGGCUUGGAUUGGCUGACUGGAAAACCAGAGCUGUUCCAGCUUGCACUGAAAGCAUUCAGAUAUACAUUUAAACUCAUGGUUGACCAAGCAAGCUUGGGUCCAGUAGAGAGCUUCAAAGAGCUGGUUAACUAUCUAGAAGAAUAUGAAAAUGACUGGUACAUUGGUUUGGUGUCUGAUAUUGAGUGGCAACAAGCAAUUUUAAAAGAAAAGCCGUAUCUCUUUUCCUUGGGGCAUGAUCCUAACAUGGGAGUUUACACUGGGAGAGUGCUCACCCUUCAGAAGCUGCUAGUGCAGGUGGGAAAGUUAAACGGUGACGCUGUCCGAGGCCAAUGGGCAAACCUUUCCUGGGAGCUGCUGUACGCUACCAACGAUGAUGAGGAACGCUACAGCAUACAAGCGCACCCGGUCCUCCUGAGGAACCUGACCGUGCAGGCGGCUGACCCACCCCUUGGCUAUCCCGUCUAUUCAUCAGAACCUCUGCAUGUGCCUUUGUUUUAGACUUUGUGCUGUCUUUUGUACGUUCUAGCUGCAUGUGGGGAAACAAAAAGCAAUGCUGCAUUUUACACUAGAAGUGUGAAGAUCCUGCUCUCAAAGUGGCACUGGAUGUGUGUGCCGAGCCAAUAAGGAUUGAUUUGCACAGAAACGGUGCUAGCCAGAGGCAAAUUCUACAGCAGGCAAGAGCAUUCAAACCUGUUUUUCAAAAUACCAUCUCCUUUGUUGCUGUCAGGGCAAGAAGCCACUGCUUCAAGAUGCCCUGAUUUCCAGUUCACAGAAGAGACAUGAUUCUGGCCAUACACCAACUCCUUAUGGUGCAUUCUGAUUUUUUUUUUUCUUUUCUUUUUUUACUAGUCUGACAGGUGACUUCCAUCAGUAGGCAGGUUACAGCUCAUUAUAGUACAGCAGACCACAGAGUUGGUCACCAAAGUGUACAUACAACUAUUUAUAUGUAUUUUUUUAUUCUGAUCAUUUUAUAUAUACAAUUGAGUUUAAUUUUAGCACUUGUUUAAAAUAUAUGGCUGUAAAUAUCGUCCUGAAUUGUAGUGUGCUACCAGCUGCUGUAUAAUAAGGGAAGUCUGGAAGAAGUAUUUUUACAGAAAUGUACACUUAUGUGGGCAAGAAAGGUUUUGUAAAUUAGCAACCUGAAUCUUGCCAUUUUACUAAAAACAAUCUACAAGGGGUGUUUCAGAAAGUAGCAGCAAUAUUGCAGUAAAACCCCAUUAGUGUGUGGUGAUCAUUUACUGAGCCACAUCACUUCUCUAGUCGUAAGCCAUGGGUGCAUUCGACAAUGCCACCGUCAAUGUUCCCUGCUGCUGCAUAGUUCCCACUUUGUCACAGGAAGACCGCGUGGGCAGCCAUUUUGUUGUUAGUUUCUGAAACACUCUCGUGUGUUAGGGGUCGGCAGCGGUAUGGCCUGCAGGCUGGAUUGGACCUGGCUCACAAACGUGAGGUUUUGGCAGUGAGCAUGCUCCCCGUGCUACCACAGGGACAAACGCCGGCCCACCUGCCUCUGACCUUGGGUGACCAUCCUGGCCCGCAGCCAGAAAAGGUUGCCUGUCUCUGGUCUAUGUGAUCCUACUGAUGAGAAGACCACAUAAGUAAAAAGGGAAGCCAGUGUUGACUCCAAGAGGAUUAGUUUUCUCAGGGUAGCAUUUGUGAAAAUUGUACUUUUUAUAAAAUGCAUUUGCAUCUUGUAUUAUUCCUUGAUGACAACAACAGGGGAAGCUUGAAACCUUUUUAAAAGAACUUUCUCUACUUUUUAUUUCAGAGUUACUGCUUUCAUUCAACUAUUCCUAGGCCCUUCCUGGCAUAGAUUUGGCAGUCAGUUGCUUCGUAGUAGUACUAGUAUCUUUGAAAACACUUUUGGGCCACUUCACAUGUCUCAAGUGACUUGUUCAAAUUAUCUAUAUAGUGGUCUGCAUUAGAUAAAACUGAAAUACCCCUGCUGCCUGCCAUUUGCCAGUAGUCACUCGGUAAGUCACCCCCCGCCCCCCUUCAACUUUAGCUAACAGCUCCACCAUAAUUGCUUUUAUUCACCAAGAUGUAAGUAAUUGCCUUUUUUCUCUAAAGUGAAUUUAAAUCAGAUCAGUUUCAUGAGGAAAUUAUUUGUACUUCAGUGUCUUUAGUCUUAAUAUUACACAACACUGAUCAUUCGCUGUGCAUCGCUGACCUUUAAGUCUUUUUUCGUAUCAGAAAAGUCUGAAUAGAGGCCAGCCUGCUGCUGAGUUUGCUGAUGCAAGAAGAGGCAUACCUUUCAGUUAAUCCCUUUAGGCAAUCAUGUAGUUAUAUUAGCAGAUUAUGCAACCCAUGUGCUUGUUAAACAGAGUUUAAAGGGUACAAAUAUUUAUGAGAGAUCUUGGAGGUAUUAAGGAGGUUCCUGUUGUAAACCCAUGAUGUGAUCUUCUACCAUUCACAGUCAGCCCUACACAUAGAACAUUAAAUCUGCUUCAGACUCUGAUUUCUUAUUCAA